AUGGACAUACGAUCAUUAAACGAUGUUCAAAAACAAUUGUUUGAGCGCAUAAUACAGAAAUUGAUCGCUCGAAAUCAAUGCACUCCUAGUGACAUAAGUAAUACACAAAAGUUGCUUGAUAGCAUUCGCGAUACUAAAAACUUCCACAUGAUUAUGGAAAAAAUUAAAGAAUGUGGACAAAUUGAGUUGGAUAACUUUGAUGAAAGUUUCAAAGAAGAAAAUGGAUAUUGCAUGAAAGAUUCUAAGAAGUAUACGGGACAAACAUUAACACCUCGACAUACAAUAGACGCUAUUUUAGGAUUAAAUGAUCGCUGUGAUAACAUUGGAGACGAAAAAUAUCACUUAAAUUAUCCACAACAAAUAAUAGCUGAUCAGCAUGCUCAUCAUUAUUCAUUAAACCAAUACAAAACAAUCGAUCACCAUAAUCAACAAACAGCAAAUAGUAAUCACAGUGAAAAUAAUAAAGAUGAUGAGCCAAACAAUAAUAGUAGUAAGAAUACAUCAUCUUCGUCAUCAUAUGAUGAUACAAUCGAUUACGAUGAUUCUAUUCAAAAUCAUGACAUAAAGGAAACAUCACAAGUUUUAAAGAAAAAUACUGCAGUGUUGGAUGGAGAAAAUUUAAAAUACAAAUGUAAUGAUUUUAUGAAAAAUUUUCCAACUCGAAAUCCGUACGACGAUCAACAACACCAAACGCCUUACAAUGGCAAUAUAGUUAGUGGAAAUUCAAAUGAUGACUACCGUAUAGCAUCAAUAGAUGAUAGAAAAGUAAAUGAAGAUGGAAACUCAAAUGAAAUGCGAAUGAAUUAUGCAUCUAGUGAUGAUAUGAAUCUAAAUACAGUUUCGAGUGAUCAAGGUGAAAAACUUAAUUCUGGAAGUGAAGAUGAAGAUGAUUCAUGUUCCAAAAAGAAACAUAGAAGGAAUCGCACAACUUUUACAACAUAUCAAUUGCAUGAACUAGAAAGGGCAUUUGAGAAAAGUCAUUAUCCUGACGUCUAUUCACGCGAAGAACUUGCCAUGAAAGUUAAUUUGCCCGAAGUUAGAGUUCAGGUUUGGUUUCAGAAUCGCAGAGCAAAAUGGAGAAGACAGGAAAAAUCUGAAAGUUUAAGGCUUGGACUAUCUCAUUUUUCACAACUACCACAUCGUUUAGGAUGUAAUGGAGGCAUGAAUAUGCCCGUUGAUCCAUGGCUUUCACCGCCUUUACUUACCGCUUUACCAGGUUUUUUGUCACAUCCACAAAACGUAUAUCCAAGUUAUCUUACUCCACCACUUAGUUUAAAUCCAUCCAACAUGAAUAUGGGUCAGUUAAUGUCACAUCCAAAUGGCUCGAUAAGAAUUUCACCACAGAAUAUACAACCGCCUUCUCAUUUGCCUCCAGCUGCAAUACCUACAAGUUCAGCUUCAACAAUUCCAAUGAUGGGAAAUCAGCAAGUUAUGGUUCAACAUUCAUCAUCAAUGAGUCCAUCAUCAAGUAUGCACUCAAUGAGAUCACCAUCACCUGACAAGAAAAACUCUGUAGAAAUUAGAGUAGAUAGUCCAGUUGAUGAUCGCUUAAAAGAAGGCAGUGCAUUAAAUAUGACAAUAAGUUCCAGUCCAACAGUAAAUGCGGUCACAACAGAUAUACGAACAAAUUCAAUUGCAGCUCUUAGAAUAAAAGCUAAAGAGCACCUCGAGAAUAUUAAUAAAAAUCUAACAAUGGUAUAAUUAAUUGAGUGUAAUGUAAAUUGAAUAUUUUCUGAAUUUAAUAAAACUCUUAAGAUUAGCAAAAAUAAAUAGAUUAAUUAAGUUGAAAGGAAAACAAAUUGG